AUGACCGCUGAAAUGCGCGAUAUGAUCAACCAAUUGAUGGGCUCAAAUCGAGCAGAAGAAGAGGGUCGUCAGCUGGUUCCAUAUAAUCAUCAUUCGGUGUGUCGUGCCUUUUUGCUUGGAUGUUGUCCGCACGAGAUUCUAGCAGAUACACGACUAGAAUCGUUUGUAGCCUGUCAUAAGGUUCACGAAAGUGCACAUAAGGCAGAUUUUGAGAAUGCUCAGAAAGAGAAAGAUCAUUUCUAUGAUGUUGACGUGUUCGAUCGUCUCGAAGAAGCAGUUAGAGUAGUGGAUAAAGAAAUUGAGAGGACGAAAGAGAAGUUGAAGCGUGAUUGCGAGAAUGAAACAGAUCAAGCGGAAAUUUUAAAGACUCAAAAAAUCGGUGAAUUAGGUGAAAAAAUUGGAACAACGAUUGUGAAAAUGGAAGCGUUGGGGAAUGAGGGAAAGGUUGAUGAGGCAAUGGAGUUGUCCAAGACGAUUGAAGAGCUGAAGAAACGAAAAAAAGAUCUGGAGAAUGAUAUGCGUACGGUUUUGAAUACACCGCAAGUUCGUUUACGAGUGUGUGAAAUGUGCAGUGCGCAACUAAGUAUAAUGGAACACGAGACAAGACUAGCAGAUCAUUAUGGCGGUAAAAUGCACGUUGGAAUGGAAACGAUUCGCGAACGGUAUGAGCAGAUGAAGGUGGGAGUUUUUUACUGUUGUGCUGGCGGUGGCGAUUUAUUAUUAUUGUCGUUACCGUAUUUAUUACGGAAAUAUGAAUGUAGACGAGCUGAAUGGCGUAAAGUGAGAUUUGGUAUGAACGGCAGAGAUGAUUUCCGAAGUGAUCGCGAUCGAAAAGAUCGUGAACGUGAAUCUAGAAAUGAUGUGGGUCGUGAGACAAGAGAUUAUCGAGAUUCAAAAGAGGUUGGACGAGAUUUUAGGGAUGCUAGAAAUGAGCGUAGACGAAGCAGUCGAUCACCACCAAGAAGACGUCGUUCACGAUCAUCGUUUGAUCGAAAUCGAGUUCGUGAUCGAGAUUACUCGUUAAGACGAGAUGACCGUGGCAGGGAUCGAGAUUCGUCGAAACGAGGCUAUGAUCGCGAUAGGUAUGUUGCAUGUUAG